CCAAUACGUUGAAAUAUGCAUUACGUAAUGUGUGUUGAGUGUAACGAGUUUUAAAUGGUCAGUUUGCUCUUUAAAAAUAAAAGUCUCCCGAAAGUGUUUCAAAUGCGCGGUCGAUUUCGAACGUAAGUUAUCAUGAAGUUCACGAGAGGUAUUUAUUGCUGAACUUUCCAUUAGAUAUUUGUUACAUUGUAACCUAUGUUACCAGUAAGUAGACUGGUAAUAAAUCAACACUUUGAUGGGUUACAUCCAGACGUGGUCUAUCAGGAUACAUUUUAAAACUACUUGUUAGCGCCUUUGGCGACCAGAAGUUAGCAAGAGUAACGUUAGAUUGUCUAUUCAAAAUGGCUUCCGUUUCCCUCUAGGUUUUUAUGUUCGUGUCUAAAAAGUAAGUUAAAGAGGACAACACAAACAACAUGAUGUUAUGUAAUUUAUCGUGGUGGGCCAAGUUUUGUUGUCUUAUAGUAAUUUGUUAUACUGUAAAAAAAAAAAAAAAACGGACACAGUAUUUGCCGCAUACUGCAGUUAUACUGCACUCCGACUGCAAUCUUUUUUCGUAAGGGAUAAUUUGACCUCUACACCAGUGGAUGUAAAUUAUAAAACCCAGUAGCUCAUCUUCAGUGUUUUCUUGUAACGUUUUUCAAAUUCCCACCUUUCCACCCUCCAGGCCUCUUACAUUGUCGAAGUGUUGAAUAACCUACACAUACCGCUAUUUCUAACAAACCAUCAUGCCAACAUAACUCCUCCCUUCGCCCCACGUACUGACGUGGUCACAAUGCUGCCAUUACUGGCCAGAUGACGAAGAGCUCUGGCUACGUUCUAACAUAGCAGUAAAAUAAUGAUUCUUUAUCAUUUUAUUUGGAGGAACAAGCCUCACUAUCUACGAAAAGAUAUUCUCACUAAUACCCAAGAACAAGGAGGUCUUUAGGUUUUAGAUUUCAAUACUCUAAAUAAUACUUUUACAAUAAAUUGGAUUCUGAAGUAUGUUAAGAACCAGAACAGUAUUUGGAAUGUCUUCCCUAAGUAUUUAUUUGACUCUUUGGUGGUUUAGAUUUUUUUUGCUUCGACAUAAUUUUGAUAUUGAUAAAAUCCCAGUAAAGUUGGCCAAAUUCCAUAAGCGGGUAAUUUUAGCUUGGAUGUUAGUGUAUAAACACAAUUUUUUCCCCUCGCAGAUACUUUUUAUGGAACAACAGAGAUAUACGAUUUAAAAAGAAGUCUCUUUUUUGAUGUGACUAUUCCUCUUUUUUCAUAACUGGUUUGAGAAUAAAAUUAUUUUGGUUGGUCAGUUACUGAAUAAGGAUGGAUAUCUACUCUCAUAUGGGGAAUUUCUUGAUAAAUUUAAAAUUCCAAUAACCCCAAAAGAAUAUGCAAUUGUUUUUGAUGUGAUUCCAAGGGGGGUUGUAUCUCUUUUAAAUUCCUCUUUGGUUGAUGUAAGUAACAUAGAUUUACAUGAAAAUAUAUUCAUUGGCAAUAUUAACAUCAAAGAUAAAUGUAGUAAUAAACAGAUUAGGAAUAUUGUUUGUGAUACUACAAUUCCCUCAGCAAGAUUAUUUUGGUCAAAUAUCUAUGGUGAUAUACAAUGGGGGAAAGCAUGGAAAAUUGCUAACAAAUAUUGUAUCAGUAACAAAGUAAAGGAAGUUUUAUUUAAAAUGUUACAGAAUUUAUCCUGUGAAACAUGUUUUGGAAAGAUUCAAGCUGAAUAUUGAAUAUAACUGUGAUUUCUGUGGACUUGAGAAGGAGACCAUUUUGCAUUUGUUUUUUGCCUGUAUUUAUAGUAGAAUGUUUUGGAUUGACAUACAGAAUUUUGUUACAAAGAAAUCAGGACCGGUUGUGCAAUUUAAUGGUUUUGAAAUAAUAAUGAUUUAUUUCAGAAAUUCUGACAUAGAUAAAGAUGUAGUAUAUUUCAUUCAACUGCUAAUAAUACUAGGUACAUUUCAUAUUCACAAAACUUUUUUUCACUUAAAAAUGAGUUUAAACAAUAUGGCACCACUUUAACUAAAAUGAAAAACAAAAAGGCAAUUAAAACUUGUAUUAUUAAUGAAUAUGAUUUGUUUGUUUAGGAUUCCUGACAAUGUAAAUAGUUUGUUUGAAUGCUUGUUUGCAUGUGACUAUUCCUCUUUUGUUUGUUGAUAUUUGUUAAUAAAAAAAGAGAGAAGGGGAAAAAAAGCAGUAAAAUAAUGAUUCAUAAAUGAGGUAAUAGGAGGUAAUAGAAUUGCAGUUUUUCUGCAAUUACUGUGUCCAAAAUACCACAGUUGACUGCAGCUACUAAACUGCAACAUUUCUUUUAAGGGAUAAUAUGUGGCCAAAAGGGAAGAUGUUCAUUUUAUUUGGCAGUUAUUUUUUUCUUUUAAAAUUGACAUUUUUAUAAGGGAAACAAAGCCCAUCAAUCUAUUAAGGCCCUCUUGGAGUUUAAUGUCACUGUCAAAGCAAACACCGGAAACUCAACUGUCUAAGAGGUUUGUUACUGCAAUGCCGUGUACAAAGAUGAAGUAUUAAAAUAAAUCCAAUCCACUGUAGGCAAUUUGAACAUCAUUUGUCCUGUAAAGAUUUUUUGUUGCGAUUUGCCAUACAAGAGGCAGCUGGGAGUUUAUUCACCCUGGAAAAUGCUCAUAAAUUGCUUCACGAUUUGAGGUGUGGGAAAUAAGUACAUAGAUGCAACUUCUUUUUUUGAAACAUAAAUGUCAUUUCACUGUCAGUAAGUCACUUCUACUUUGCCCUAAAAACAAUGUAACUUUCUCAAAUGACUGCAAAUGGGCAAGGAAGUGAAAUAGCUGCUGCUGUGUGUCCCCUGACAUGUGGUGUAGUUUUUAGUCACGCUGCAGAGGAUGUGUCGGCUUGCAUUCUGGUCAAUGUCUCUUCAGUGCUGGGAUGUCGCUCUUGUGUCAGGUAGGCUAAUCUCCCAUGCCUUCAUCUCAACCUUGACUGACCCCUCCCCCCUUCAGUGUUAUGUGUUAUCCUUAUAGCUAAUGGUUGUUAAUUAAGAUUUUCUCCUGUGAUCUUUGUGACUAUCAAACAAAUCCUAUAAUUUCCAUAACAAUUCCACCCUUCAACAUUAUAUAUUUUUUGCAUUACGUAUGUGGUUCUUAGUUUUUGCCUGCAACUAACAGUUUGUUGGUUUGGUGUACAAAACGAUGCAUACUGCCCUUCCCUCUUCCUGAAGCUCAAACAACCACACUAGGUUCUAACCCAAUGCGAUGUGACACAAACAACUUGGCAUUGAGGAGGUAAAGCGGGCAUUAUUAUUAGCCUUUCAUAGUUCCUCAGCACCUGGUCCCAGUAGCUGAGUUCUAGUGCAUAUUCCCCUCCCCCCUCUGCACACACACACGGGGUCACCCAGUGACAUUGGAUGUAAUGUGCAUUGACAUGCUGGAACAGUCAUGUGUUGUCCCUGCUCUAGUUGCAUGUUUGUCACUUUUAGGCUCCCGCAGCUCUGGUUGGCUGGCCGCCGUGGCUGUAGGCAAGUGUCCAACACUCGUCUCAGUUCUGGAUGGCCAACAUGUACUCCAAGGGCACCAAACGCAAGUUCUCUGACAGUGUGGACACGGCGACGGACAACAAGGCGGUGUUGUACAGCCGGCAGCGCCAGUCCCUGCUGGACAUGUCUCUGAUCAAGCUGCAGCUGUGCCACAUGCUGGUGGAGCCCAACAUGUGCCGCUCGGUGCUCAUUGCCAACACGGUGCGCCAUAUCCAGGAGGAGAUGACCCAUGACGGUAGCUGGCAGUUGGUCACUGAGGCCUUCGGCGGCUCUGGCCCAUCUGACCACCUGGUGGCCACCGAGGUUUUGUGUCGGUCAUCGGCGCUGGAGCAGCAGGGCGGUGGGCCCAAGCUCUACUCGGUGAUGGCCUAUGAUAGUUGCCGUGAGGAAGAAGUGGUAACGGACGAGGCUCUCUGUUCUGUGACAGUUAGCGACGGGGCCCCGGCCCUCUUGGGGACCAUCGACCACUGCUGGGACAGGGCAGAACUGAGAAUGGCGGCGGUAGAGGACUGGGUCAUCAAAGACUCCGGUUCGGAGGUUGAGGAGGGGGCUAAAACGGUGAUGGGGCAGGUGUUUGGGACGUUCGAGAUCAAAAAUGACACCCCUGGGUCAGACCCGGCACUAGAGGAGCUGUUCUCAGCCGUUGAUGCCUCGUAUUAUGACUUGGACACCAUGCUCACAGGCAUUCAGAGCACCCCCAAGAUGGGGCCUUACAACGUUCUGGACAGCAUGGCCUCCUCCCACGGCCCCAACUCCAGCUGUAGAACCGAUCUCAAUGAACUUGACCACAUUAUGGAGAUCAUUGUCGGCUCAUAGCUUACAGACUUAAAACUCAACUGUUUGGUUCAACUUGUGCCUCUGACUUUUUGUCUUGUAUGUGUGAACAUACAGUAUCUACAUACCUUCCUCUGUAUGGAAACUGAGUGAUAUCCAUCUCCAUGCAAUGCCAUUUUUUUAUCUGAGAGGUUAAUGGUUUCUCAAGUUCACCAUACUUAUUUAUUAUCUUUACUUUGUUUGUAUUUCAAUAUGUACUCUUUUUGGUUUAAAUUAUUGUACCUAUUACACUACAUGAAUUCAGAGCAGCACAACAUUUACAUUAAUAAUAUUUUUUAAAGAAAAUAUGUAUAGUUAAAGUAUAUAUUUUUUGCUAUAGAGACAGUCUUGGGAAUUGUUUCCGACUGUCUUUUUAUUUUUUACAUUUGUAAGCAAGGACGAUUGCACAAAAGCUCAAUGUGUGAUUGGGGACUAAUUUACCUUGUCUUUCACAGGUUUAUCUUUGGUUGUGUCUUUGAGCUACAAGAGCAAAUGGGCAUUGUUGAAAACAUGAAUUAUGUUUAGUAUGCUCAUAAUGUGAUCUUGGCCUAUGGUUUGGUGCUAUAUACACUAUUCCUUAUAAACACAUGGCCUUCUUGAGCCAGACAGUUCCAUCUUGCACUGCGGCUAGCUGUCACCUAGCAUGUGGUGCCAUUUGUUUGCUAUUAGAAGUUACAUAUGUUAUUAUUGUCUCCUUACAAGUGAAUAAUUAUAAUGGGUAUAUGUCUAAUUUUCUGUUAUGACUUAUUUAUUUAUUAAUUUCAAUCAUAUGGUGAUGUUAAACCUUGGCAAUACUAACGGUUCCAGAAGCUUUUCACCUUUCAAACAUCAAUUGGUAUUUUGUUUCUUGACUUUCUUUGCAUACUUUUAGUGAAGUAAUGACCUUAUUCAAACCAAACUGAGAACUUGCAAAGAAUUGUUCUUUUCAGCUGAAAAAUUCCAACAGUUAAAAUUUGUUAUUUAUUUUUUAACCACGUUCAAAGCCUGCACUUAGCCACAAGAUAAUAUUGUGAGUAAACAACUGGUUUCUGAUUAGACAGCCAUGAGGUGGGAGAUACCACGUUUCUUUUUUAUAAUGAAGUACUAUACACUUGACAUACAUGACAAUGAGCUUGAGAAGAUGAUGCUUUUUAUGAGUAAACUUGCAGUUUAUACCAUUUUUAAUAAAGGUUCCAACAUCAUAAUAUGAA